GAUCUACCGGUAGCUGUAACUGUAAGUAGGAUAGAGAUAGUUUGGUGGUGUAAAGGGUAAAGCAGAGUUGAGAGGACUAUAAGCAUAGCAAAGAGUAGAGUUGUGAGUUGCGACGCAGAUCAUGAUGCGAUACAAAGAGGAAAAAGAAGCCAAGAAGGAAGCUUUCAGAAAAUACCUUGAAUCCAGUGGAGCCGUCGACGCUCUCACCAAAGUUCUUGUUGCUCUUUAUGAGCAAAACGACAAGCCUGCUUCUGCUCUUGAGUUCAUUCAACAGAAGCUAAGCUGUCCUUCCAUCUCAGAUUAUGAAAAGCUGCAAGCAGAUUUCUCUGAUCUCCACAACAAAUAUAAUGACCUUUUGGCUGCACAUCACAAAAUUUCCAAAGAGUUAGAAGAAAUGAAAAGCUCCCAUGCCUUGGCAACCACAUCAACAAAGGAAACAACUGAGAGUGAAUCCCCAAAAGAUGGGCUCUAAAGCUUCUCCGUAAAUAAUUGACGACAAUUCUUUCUUAUGUGUCUACUUUUUACCCAGUGAGAGACUAAUUGAUUUUGUCAAUUUGUUCAUAAUUCAUUGUUCCUUGUCUUUGCUGUAUUUUGUUGUAUUCACAAAAUAAAAAAGAAACUUAGCUUGCUUUGACUACACCUACGUGGCUACGUGGUUAUGUUUCCAAGCUCACUUCUUUGUCAUACCAUCAAAAAAGUUUGCUUUCUAUAGAAUAUAUCACGAUCGUUAUUUAGUA